AUGGCUACCUACGAGAAGACCACUGCUGAAAUCCACAGCGAUAACAUUGGAACUCCUCGAUCAGAUGUGUCUCUACCGGGGGACAAAGAAGCAACGCUGGAGGCACGCGAGAUCUUCCAAGAUGGCACCGAGGGCGUCAAGUUCCGAACUGUCAGCUGGCAACGAGCCACCGUCAUCUUUCUCAAAAUCCAGUUUGCCAUGAGCAUUCUCGCUGUCCCUGGAGCGUUGGCGACUCUGGGAGCCGUUGGUGGAGCCCUGUCAAUCGUGGGUUGGGAGGUGCUGAAUACUUACACGGCCGUCAUUCUGGGUGACUUUCGCAACCGCCAUCCUGAAUGCCACACACUCGCGGAUAUGUGCGGCCUCAUCUGGGGUCGAUUGGGCAAAGAGCUCGUUGGGCUGCAGAUAUUGGUUGCACAAGUGCUCAUCACAGCCGCCGGGAUCGUCUCGUGCUCGACGGCAUUCAACGCCCUUUCGGAGCACGGAGCCUGCACGGUGAUCUUCAGCUUCGUUUCGGCCGUGCUGAUCACGGCCUUCUCUUCGGUCCGCACGUUCUCGCGCCUGGGCUGGCUAACCUGGCUGGGGUUCACCACGUUCUUUAUCGCCGUCUUCAUCUUCGCGGUCGCCGUGACGCAGCAGGCCAGGCCUGCCGCAGCGCCGCAAACAGGCGACUUCGAUCUCGGCUGGACCGCGAUCGCGCACCCGACAUUCGUGGCGGGCAUCACAGCAAGUGCAAACAUCUUCAUCAGCGGCAGCGGCUCACAGAUGUACCUGCCCGUGAUUUCAGAAAUGCGCAGGCCACGCGAUUACCGCAAAGCGGCCAUUGUCGCGGGCAUUCUCGUCGGGGUCAUGUACUUGACCUUCUCGCUCGUCAUCUACCGCUGGUGCGGUCAGUGGCUGGCGACCCCCGCGUUUGGCAGCGCUGGGACGCUCUUCAAGAAGAUCUCGUACGGCAUCGCCCUGCCCGGCCUGGUCAUCGGCGUCGGCAUCUACCAGCACGUUGCGGCCAAGCUGAUUUUCGUGCGCAUUCUGCGCAAUUCGCGCCACCUGCAGGCCAACACGGUCACGCACUGGACGACCUGGCUGGGUAGCAACCUGAUCCUGGGGGUCCUGGGCUUCAUCAUCGCCGAGGCGGUCCCCAUUUUGAACUAUCUCCUGGGCCUCGCGGGAUCCCUGUGCUUUGCACCCUUCAGCUUGAUCUUCCCCGCAAUGCUGUGGAUGUACGACUACAAAACGUACGCCAGCGGGAGUGCCUCGCAGAAGGUCAUCUUUGGAUCACAUAUUCUCAUCGUGCUGGUCGGGCUCUUCAUGGUGGUUGGCGGGACUUACGGUGUGGCUGUGUCAAUCAAGCAGGCCUUCGACAACGGGUUGAUUUCCAGAGUAUUCGACUGUGCAGACAACUCCGGCACGAUCUCUUAA